UCUCCUUGCCGCCGGUGCGCCCCGGUGCCCGUCGGGUUCUCGCUGGGAACUUCGGGUGUCGGCUGAAAUUCUGGAUUAUGGUCGUGCCGAGGCGGUCUGCGGGGAGCUGAGCCAGGGGAAGGAAGAAUGCGGGGCUGUCUCAUGGUCUUCUGCCUUAUUUGCUGCACCGCCAAGGGGCAAGUGGUGUAUUCCAUCUCCGAGGGAAUGGAGCAUGGAGCGGCUGUUGGGAACAUCGCAAAGGAUUUAGGAAUAGAUGCAGCUACACUUUCAGCUCGGAAAUUUCGCAUGAUCACCGGCUCAAGUAAGCAAUACUUUAAUAUAAAUGCGAGCACAGGGAUUUUGACUGUUAACGAGCCCAUAGACAGAGAGCAGCUCUGUGAAUUGAAGUCUGCGUGUCUUCUGAAUUACGAACUCGUGUUAGAAAACCCUCUGGAGCUUUAUAGGAUGGAAUUUAGAGUCUUGGACGUAAAUGACAACUCUCCCAGCUUUUCCUUAAGUGAAUAUCAUAUAAACAUGCCUGAGUUCCUGUCACCCGGGGCACGGUUUACACUCCCCAGUGCCCAAGAUCUUGAUGAAGGUACCAACAGUGUUCAGAAUUAUACUCUGAGCCCUGAUGAACAUUUCUCUUUGGAAAUGCAGAUACGGGGGGAUGGGAGUAACUAUCCUGAAUUGGUGCUGAAGAAGGCCUUAGAUAGGGAGCAGCAAGCCACUCACAGACUUGUCCUUACAGCCAAAGAUGGUGGGGAUCCUCCGAAGUCUGGUGAUGUCUCAGUCGUUGUGACUGUGCUGGAUACCAAUGACAAUGCACCAGAAUUUGAGCACUCGGUCUACAGGGCGAGUGUCUUGGAAAACUCCCCCAGUGGCACUUUGGUGGUGCAAGUACAUGCCACAGACCUGGAUGAAGGUCCAAACGGAGAGAUCAGGUAUUCAUUUAGCAAUACGACUUCUGCUGAGCUGCAGCGAAUGUUCUUCAUUCACCCACACACUGGGGAGGUGACAGUCAAUGGUGUUUUAGCUAUUCAGAGGCCUCUCCUCGAGAUGCUUAUUGAGGCAAGGGAUAAUGGGGCCUUUGCCAUGUCCAGCACAGCCAAGCUGCUGGUGGAGAUCACUGAUGUGAACAACCAUGGCCCAGAGAUAACAAUUACGUCCCUUUCCAGUCCCAUUCCUGAGGAUGCUGUUCCUGGCACAGUGAUAGCUCUCCUGAGUAUUUUGGAUAAGGAUCCUGGGGAAAAUGGGAAAGUAACCUGCCAGAUCCCUGAUAACCUUCCCUUCCAAUUAAAGCCUUCCCUUGAAAACUACUACAGCCUGGUCACCAGUGGGCUUCUUGACCGAGAACUGAUCAGUGGAUACAACAUCACCAUUACUGCCACAGACUUGGGCUCUCCAUCCAUCACCACUCAGAAGACCCUUUGGGUGCAGAUUUCUGAUGUGAACGAUAACCCCCCUGUCUUCGGUGCUGAGACGUUUGAUGUGUUUGUGGAGGAGAACAAUCCCCUUGGUGCUUUUCUCUAUCAGGUCUCGGCAUCUGACCUCGAUAUGAGUGAGAAUGGACGGAUCUCUUACACGCUCAGGAAUUCCACAGUUGCAGGCAGUGCCCUGGGCAGCUUUUUGUCUGUGAGCUCGACCAACGGGAGCAUCUAUGCAAAACGUGCCUUUGACUUUGAGCAGCUUAGGAGCUUCCAUUUCCAAGUGGAAGCCAAAGACAAUGGAUCACCAGCCUUGAGCGCUGCCAUAACUGUGAAUGUUUACAUCUCGGACCAGAAUGACAAUGCCCCAACCAUCCUGUACCCCAUCAGCCAGAACGGCUCGGUAGCCGUGGAAGUUGUGCCCCGCCUGGCUGAUGAGGAUUACCUGGUGACCAAAGUGGUGGCAGAUGAUGAGGACAAUGCGGAGAACGCCUGGCUCUCCUUCCACCUUGCCCACUCCUCAGACUCCACUCUGUUCCACCUGGCCCCGCACUCUGGGGAGCUGCGCACCACACGCUCCAUGCGCUCCACAGACUUCCUCAAGCACAAGGUGGUCGUGGUGGUGCGGGACCACGGGGACCCGCCGCUCUCCUCCACCGUGACCGUGGGCAUCCUGCUGGCUGACACCCUGCCCCAGGUGCUGCCCGAUUUUGAUGACAGUGGGGUGCCACAGCCACUGCUCAAUGCUACAAACAUCUAUCUGAUUGCUUCUCUCGCCUGCGUCUCCUGCAUCUUCGCGGUGUUCCUCCUCUUCCUUGCCAUUGCGCGGCUGUGCCGCUGCCGCUCUCGCUGUUGUGGCUGCUGCUGCGGCUCUGCUGACGACUACAAAAGAUAUUGCUAUAGUGUGCACAUGCUUCCCAGCUCCCACCUCCCACCAGACAUGCUGGAGGUCACUGGUGUGGGUAAACUGACUCAUACCUACUUGUACAGGGCAUCUGUAGGGCUUGGGCCCAGUAACAACAGCAUCCCAAAUGGUGAUGCUGGGAACGUUCCCAGCGGCUCAAGGUUACAAGUGCCAGGACCUUGCGUCCAAGUGCAGCAGGUCCAAAGUGAUCGGUUGAGUGCUGUCCUUGUGCACUGCAGCACCAGGGCCAGAAGUGCGGGCGGCUUGCGGCCCUUCCCCCCUCACACCCACAACCUCCGCCCCGCGCCCCCGAAGCUUCAAGCAGCGAAACCGGGGCGGGGACGAGGGAGCCGCACCCCUCCCGGCUCGGCGGCCAGAGCCCGCGGCCACCGGGAGCAAAAGGGCCGCAACACGUGGGUGAGGCCGGUGCGGCGGGCCAAGGAGCGCGGGCUGCGGCGGCGUCGGGGCCCGGGAGCGGCGUCGGGGCCCGGGAGCGGCGUCGGGGCCCGGGAGCGGCGUCGGGGCCCGGGAGCGGCUGCCGGCCGCGGCGGUGUUGCUGUUCCCUGCCCAGGUGCUGAACCGGCGCCAGCCGCGGCUUAG